AUGAGCGCAAUACUCUCGACGUCCUCUACUGGUCUGCGUGAAACAUAUUGGGGCUUAAACCGCACUUUGAUCUUCAAAGCCAGCGAAGGGUUCCCAUACUCUUUUUCGAUCAAGACCUACAUCGCAUAUGAUACGGAUUCCGCACGCAAGGAGGCGGAUGAUCAGAUGCGGGACAUGGUUCUCGACUUUACUGCAGAAAAUAUCCCCAUCCCGACGCUCUAUGGCCUAAGUGCCUUGGGCACCCGGAUCUGUGUCUACGAGUAUACCGUUGCGAAUCGCUCACUCACACCACCGCGUAUGUCCCUCAUCCCGACCUUGUUACCGACACUGCGCCCAAGGAAAGAUGGAUUCUUGAUAUCUUGGAACCUCAGGGCGAAGCUAGGUUCAAAGAAGUUGUUGGCCAUAUCAAAGCGAUGGUCGCCGAUUUCUACAAUGAUUAUGGCUCUCAACGUUUAUUAUCGCGUCCUAGUUUGUGUUUGA